AUGGCAUAUAACAUCGACGAUAUGCAGCUCCAAGUACAAGAGAUGUUACCAAAACUUCUACCCGAGCAACAAGUGGUAUAUGAUACAAUUUUAGAGAGGAUUGAGAGUAGAAAAGGAGGAAUUAUCUUCCUAGACGCUCCAGGUGGAACAGGUAAAACUUUUCUUAUAACUCUCAUAUUGGCUAAGCUGAGAAAAGAAAAUCACAUUGCUCUUGCGAUUGCAUCCUCUGGCAUUGCUUCAACACUUCUACCUGGUGGAAGAACUGCACAUUCUGCAUUGAAACUACCACUUAACCUAGCAACUGCUGAAACCACACAGUGCAAUAUCAGCAAAACCUCUGAUCGAGCUGAAGUCCUCCGACGUUGUACAUUACUGGUGUGGGAUGAAUGUACAAUGUCUCACAAACGAGCAUUUGAAGCAUUGAAUGCAACACUUCAAGACAUCAGAAAUAGUCAAGAUUUAAUGGGGGGCUUAGUUGUUUUGUUGUCAGGGGACUUUAGACAAACCCUACCAGUUAUCCAACGUGGAACUCCAGCAGAUGAAAUCAAUUCCUGUUUGAAAAAGUCUGUCCUAUGGAGUCAUAUUGAGCAGUAUCACUUGGUUCAAAAUAUGAGGGUAAGUCUCCAUAACGACUGUGAUGCCAGACAAUUUUCAGGUGAUUUGCUCAAGAUUGGUGAAGGUAGAAUGAAAACUGACCAACAUAAGAUGAUUUCCUUCCCAGAAAACUUUGGUCACAUGGUUGCUUCUGCGGAAGAGCUUAUAGCAAGUGUGUUUCCUGACUUACAAAACAACCACUAUGAUCCUGAAUGGUUAUCCUGCAGAGCAAUUUUAGCCCCCAAAAAUGACGAUGUGAACAAAAUAAACAGCAAAAUUAUGAACAUUAUUCAUGGUGAAGUUAAAUCUUAUUUGUCCAUUGAUUCAAUUACAGAAGAGGAGCAAGCACUACACUACCCUGUUGAGUUUCUUAACACCUUGGAACUGCCUGGUAUUCCCCCGCACAAGCUUGAAUUGCAAUUAGGAAUCCCAGUAAUACUACUUAGGAACUUAGAGCCACCUAGGUUGUGUAACGGUACUAGGCUUUUAAUUACAUCAUUAAAAGAAAAUGUCAUAGAAGCUAAGAUUUUAACUGGUUCUGCAAAGGGGGAAGAAGUACUCAUUCCCAGGAUUCCCAUUACAACAGCAAACCUACCCUUCAAUUUUAAGCGCCUUCAGUUCCCCUUAAAGGUUGCUUUUUCAAUGACGAUAAAUAAAGCACAAGGACAGACUCUACAGGUUGCAGGCCUCUAUUUGGAAACACAAUGUUUCUCCCAUGGGCAAUUAUACGUUGCUUGCUCACGUGUUUCUAGUGGAAAAAACCUGUAUAUUUUCACAAAAGAUAGGAAAGCUGUAAACAUUGUUUAUAAGUCUGUAUUGUAAAUAUAUAUUUUAUUUUAACAUGUUCAUAUUAAAACUUUUUCACCUCCCUUGAGUUUACUUAUUUUACAAUGUUUUUAAUUUCAGAUUUCAAAAAGCACCAUUUAAACAUACAUCUA